AUGUUUGUUCUUCUUAAACCGUUUGCUGCCGUGAGGGCAACUCUAGGCAGUCCUGCCGUUAGAAGGGCUGCUGCCUUCUAUAGCACCGAAGGUCUGAACCUUCAGGUUGACCAAACUGCCCUUCACUUGAAAAUUCAGGAUGUUUUCACAAAGGUCGCAAGUGAAACCCUCACCGAAGUUCAAGGAAGAGUGAUCCCUGAGAUGCUUACUACCAGUAAUGGCGUGUUAGUGAGAGCAAAAACUGGUACUGGUAAGACUUAUGCGUUUGGUCUCCCUGUGAUCAACGAGUGGUUGAGUGACAAAAAUUUUGGAAAGCAGGAGAGUGUUCACACUGUGGUGAUCAACCCAACUAGAGACCUUGCUUUCCAGACCCAGAGGGCUCUGGAUAAGGUGUGGAAGGAUGCAGCCCCUAGAAAUAACCGCAGAGGCAUCGAUUUGUGCGUUGGGCAGAUGAAAUAUGAUCAGAUUAGAAGGGGAGUUAAUGGAAGAUUCAAAUCUGCGGCUUUAGUGGCAACACCAGGAAGAUUGCUUGACAUGUUGGAGUCUGAUCAAUCUUUUGCAAAAUCGUUCAAAGAUUUGAGACAUUUUGUUAUUGAUGAGGCCGACGUUCUUUGCGCUCAUGAUUUUAAGGAAGCUCUCUUGGCUAUCGUUAGCCGGAUUAAAGAGAAUCAUCAAGAUCCUAGCUUGCUGAAAGUGACCAUGUUUUCUGCCACCAUGGAUUCGAACACCAAAGAACUUGCUCGCAAACUGAUGGGCGAGGAUUACAAAUAUAUUGAUGUGAGUUCUGGCCCAGAAGUGACGGACAGUGUUAACCAGUCACUUGUGACAACAAACAGCCUUUUUGAAAGCUUUGCUGUUGCCUUGAAAUUGGUGAUUGAAAAGUUAGAUGCCACCAACGGUAAGGUGAUUGUGUUCAUGCCAAACAUCAAGACCACAGAUUUCUUCUAUUGUUUGGCUAAAGAGGUCAUCGACGAAUACUAUGGUAGAAAAGCUGAGGUUUACACCCUGCAUGGAGAUUUGAGUCAGGGUGCUCGCAACAGAAACCAGGUCAGAUUCAGAAGUGCCAGAAAGGGAGUUUUGGUUUCGUCUAACGUCGGUGCUAGAGGUAUGGAUUUCCCUGGUGUCAACAGUGUGAUUCAGCUGGGAGUGCAAUAUGAAACAGCUUCGCAUACUCACAGGGUGGGUAGAACAGGAAGAGCUGGAACCACAGGAGAGUCUAUCUCCAUAUUGACUGAGCAUGAAAUGUUUUAUGCUGAAAGAUUAAAGAAAGAAGGUCACGAGUUUGAGAUUUUAGAAAAACCUGAGAUUACUCCCGAGUUUGAAAAGCAAAUGACAAGCGUUUUGAGAGACAUCCCAUCUGAUAUCAACCAGAUGGUCACGUCGCUUUUGGGAUCUUAUGGCUCUGUGCCUCGGAUAGAGAAAGAUGGUGAUCCAAAAAGUCUUGCUCUUGAUUGUGGUGAUCUUUAUCAAAAAUUUAUGGGAGAAGGUAAUCUGCCCUCUGUCAAGGCAGUCGAUCUUGAUAGAUUUAGAGUUUCAUCUCGUGAUGCCGAAGGUGUGUUCAACGUGAGAGGCAAUUUGAGAAAGGGAUUUAAUUCUGGAGGAUACAACAAUAGGGGACAUAGGAAUUUUGGAGACAGAACUGAGGGAUCAUACAAACCAAGAAGAUCUGGUAAUGGGUACGGAGGUAACUUCGAAAGAAAGAAUUUCGGAAAUCGCCGCUGGGACAGGAACAAUAAGUUUUAG